AUGUGUACCUACAAGGAUUUUAUGAAUUGCAAACCUAAGAGCUUCCAUGGAACUGACGGAGUUGUUAAUUUGACUAGGUGGAUUGAAAAGACAGAGUCCGUAUUUCAAAUAAGCUUCUGUCCGGACGACUGUAAGGUACGAUUUGUUGCGUGUACCUUCGUUGAUGCAGCGUUAACUUGGUGGAACAACCAUGUUAAUACAAUGAGAAUUGAUGCUGCAAACUCCAUGCAGUGGGAAGAGCUGAAAAGGAUGCUAAUAGAGGAGUAUGGUCCUAGAGAGGAAAUACAAAAUAUGGAACAAGAGCUAUGGAACCUAACAAUGAAGGGUUCUGAGAUAAAUGCUUAUACUGCUAGAUUCAAUGAUCUUGCGGUGAUGUGUCCGGCAUUUGUAACCCCAGAGUACAAGAAGAUCGAGCGAUAUAUCUUGGGUCUAGCAUCGCAAAUCAAAGGAAUAGAGAUCGCAUCAAAGCCUACAACAUAUGACAGUGCAAAGCGUAUAGCUCAUUAG